GAGCACGCAGUGGUGUUUGAUUAGCGCAUAACCUUUACAUGGCGCAGCCGGUAUUGAAAUUUUAAAAUGGAGUCAGUUUUGCGACCUCCUGAGACUUUUAAGUUCGAAAAUAAUUUAUUAAAUACUACAUCUGGAAAUUUAAGCAGAGAUUGGGACAAAUGGAAGAAAUCUUUUAACACUUACUUCGAAGCAUGCGAGUUGAAGAAGAAGGACAACAAAGUAUUAUUGCAUGUAAUUGGAGAUCAGUGUCGCGAAGUGUACGAUCAAUUUAAAGUGGAAUGUAAAACUGUUAACGAAUUACUUGAGCAAUUUGAUAAAUAUUUCAUACCGAAAAAGAAUUUGGCGGUCGAACGUCAUAAAUUUUUUAAACGAGAUCAACACGAAUUGGAGUCAACGGAGCAAUAUGUGUUUGAGUUGAACAAAAUAGCAGCCAAUUGCGAUUUUGAAAAUCUGCGAGAUGACCUGGUAUGCAGUCGUUUAAUUUGUGGUAUAAGAGAUAUGGCUUUGGCGGAGCGAUUAUUAAGAGAACCUGAUAUUACAUUACCGAAGGCUCUCGACAUAUGUAGAUUGGCUGAAAUGUCGCGUGUUCACGCACAGAAUAUUAAGCAAGAAAAUGGUGACCAGCACGUUCAUCAAAUUUCUCAAGGUGCAAAUAUUGAAAGCAAUAAGCCAAGCUGUCCUCAAGUAUUUGCUGUAAAUCGGAAGCGCGAUUAUGAGUACGGCAAUACGCGUCCGCAGUCACAACGACUUCGAAACACGCCUUCGCAGUCAACUUCAUUCGUGUCACGACCGCUGUAUCAAAAUAACUACCCUCCGGCCCAAGCACAAAUCUUUAGGCAGUCAAAUAAUAAUAUGCAAGUACCAAGGAACAAUUCACGAAAGACAGAAACCACGGCUAACAGGAACAUAUUGUGUAAAAACUGUGGUCGCAGACACAAGCAUAAUGAGUGUUUCGCAUACGGACAACGGUGCAAUAAUUGUUAUAAAAUGAACCACUACGCUAGGAUGUGUAGGGUAGGCAGAGUCCACGAAGUGCAGGAGGAUGACUCAACCGAUCAGGUAAAAUUUAAUAAUAGUUAUAGGUACAGUGAUUGGUUAGUUGAUUUAAAAAUUAACAAUCAAACAAUAUGUUUUAAGUUGGACACUGGAGCUGAUGUAAAUGUUUUGCCGCGCAAAUAUCUUGGUAAAAUCCACAUAAAAGAAAGUAAAAGUUCGUGCGAGGAACUGAAAUUAAUAAAAAGAGUUAUGGAUAUAGGUACAUCAGAUAAAACAGAUAGUAAAAGCAUAUUUGAUGAGUUUCCUAGUGUUUUUGAAGUCGCACCGGCGGCACAUGAGGCGCACUCGUCGCGCGACUACCUUGAAGCGCAGGCGCAGGUAUGUGCGUUAACGACGAGUAAUCCAUUGACUGACACGCAUUUUUACAAGUACAAAAAUGUACCAAAGAUGAUGUAG